AUGUUAUUUAAGGACUUCACAUUUCCAUGGGAACCGUACAGGGCUGCGCGCGACGAGGGGGAGUUGCAGGCCGCCCUAAAUUCCACAAUCAGCAAGAUUGCGGACGAAGAGCGGCUGUCUCCCGAAUGUCGCUUUGCGGCGCGUCGGCUGAUGUACGCCUGCGUAGGCAGUCAAAAACUUCUUGACGUGUUAGACGGUUUUCUGGUGCCCCCGCCGUACCGCCUGGAAGACCUGUACGACCGCCCGAUGUCUCGGCAAGAAAUAGAGGCGGCGAUGGAUGUUAUUCCACUCGACCUCGAUCCGGUCAUUGCACUACUUCCUUUUAACCUGGCGUUGGGCAUAGGUGUAUACGACGCCCACCUACGCGCUGCUGUGCGUCGGCUCUGUUGGCUCUUUGCAAUUCCCUUUACCAUUCUUGAGACACAGGAGCGGGCGCUAAUGGAUGCUCUCUUGCUCUCAGGCGACGGUGAUGAUGAGGCCCUGCGCGAAAAAAGGCAGGUGGUGCAGACCCGCAAAGAAGGCAAGAAGGUCAGCGUGCGACGAGUAGCUGCCGUGGGCGCCUUUGCGGUAGUUGGUGGCGCGGCGCUCGUUAUUACAGGCGGUUUGGCCGCCCCGCUCAUCGCCCCCGCCGUUGGCGCCUUUGCCAGUGCUGCCGCUGCAACCGUUGGCGCUGUGGGAGCUGUUGGCGGUGCUCUUCUUGGUGGGACAGCAGCUGCCGCGCUGUUUGCCGGAAUGAUUGGCGCGGCAACACAUGCUGCGGCGCUUAUUAGUCUUGUAGUGCCUGUCUUGACCGCGGCAAAUGUUACCGCUAUCUUUGGCAUUGGUGGGGUGAGUUUGGCCGGCUACAAAGCAUUUCGCCGCACAGCAGACUCAGACGUUUUUAUGAUUCGAUCCAUCACAGAACUCGAUGAGCUUCCUGCGCUUACGCGAAGCGAUGAUGUUUUGUUGUCGGUUCUUAGUGAGGGUCAACUGGCACAGUGGAGGGAUGCCGAGCGAAGGCUGGCCGCGGAGGACGCGGAGCAGGAGGCGCGCACGAAUGUGCAGGAUGUUUUGGAGGAGGCUGCCAGGGGAGGCAUUGUGGUGCCGGCCCAUACGAGAGCUAUCACGAUGUCUAAUGUGGCCGCAAAGGAGCAUUUUAAACGCCGUAUGCGCUGUCUCACAUUUGCGGUGCAGUGCUCACUGAGCGGAUAUCGACUUGAAUUAAAGGCGCUGAAGCUGACGGCUGGGACGUGGGGACUUGUGCCGCCAAAAUUUAUCCCAGAAGGCAGCUCUGGCGUAUUUGUCUGUCUCAAUCGCUUUGCUCGACCCACAGGCGCCGGGUGUGUCGUGUGCUACCACGUCCGACCCAUAGCAAAUGUCUCCAACCCUUCACUGCGGCUGUGGGUUUUGACGGAACUCUCUUUUUGGGGAAACUUGUCAGUGGCAGUUGCUGUUACGGAUUCUCGGGAGGCAUUUGAACCACAGAAAAUGCUUAGGCAACUUCAGAAAAUGAAGAUUGACACAGACGAGACCCUCACUGCCCAUAACUUGAUUAUGGGGUGCUGUUUCGCGCCGUUGCCGUUUGUGACGAUAUCCGGCUUGGCGAAUGACGGCAGCACAGUGUCCCAGCAGCCUUCCACCGCCGUCUUCCCGAUGGCGGAGUUGCAGCAGCGCAUCGUGGAGACCAUGAAUUUAUUGCAUGAGCGCCGCCGAAUUGGGGUGGCCAUUGUGAAUAGCUCCAAACACCUUAUCCGUGUGCUGAAGUGUGAGUUGGUGAAUGGCGUUCUAAGCCCUCGAACUUCUCACUUGCUGACGGCCGUUGCUUCUCGACAGGCAUUGUUGGGUGUGUUCACAAACGCAGCAAUGAGUUUAAAAGGGGCGGAGGCAUUUUUACUCAUGGAGGUCGUCAACAGUGGUGUGGAUGCUGACGUGCCAGUUCUGCAUCGACGGUGCUACAUAAAGUUGCAGUUUGAGGUCAGUGCGUUGAAUUCAGUGCGUGUCGCUUGUGCGGCGACGUCGUCGCUAAGUGGCCUUGUGGAACUUCCCAUGCGCCUUAAAUGCCCAUCGGAUAGCGAUUUUAAACCUAUUCUCAUGCCGGAAUCGUUUGUUUGGGCAGACCUGAAAGUGGAUACAAAGUCGUUUGUGGUGCGCUUACGCAUAGAAGACUUUGUGGAACGCGUCGCACGAAUGGAGGUACAGAAGUGCCCUUCCCUUACAAUCGCCGUCGGGGGAUUUGUGUCAAUCUUUGACGAGCGAAGGCCUCAGCAAGAUCAACAGGUGGCCCUCUGGGCAAAACAUCUCCUUCGAUCCCGCCUGUUUGGUGUCACGGAGGGCUACGUGGUACAUUGGGAAGAUGAGUACCAAACCAAAUUUGGGCGCCUCAUCAAUGUGGAAUUGUCUACGACCCUCACCACACAAAUUGGCAGGACAGUGGUAUCCAAGGCGAAAGGGGUCGCAAAGCAUCAACUUUUACAAGGAGGCAUUUUUGUGGGUCUUCACGCGUUGGAUGCCCUCAAAGGGACCUUGGCACUUCCCAUGUAUGCCGUCUGGGCGACGGGAGCCAUUGACAAUGCUUUUGCGACACUGCUGAACCGCGCCGGUUACACGGGGAAGGAUUUGGCGCAGGCUCUUUUAGACCCACACACAGGCCAUCGUCCCGUGUCUCUCAUCGGUUUCAGCUUCGGAUCGCGUGUCAUUGUGGAGUGCUUACAUGAACUACACCGUGUGGAGGCCUUUGGUGUUAUUGAAAAUGUGUAUUUGAUGGGCUCCACGGUGACCUCGUCCCGGGCUCUCUGGGGCGAAUUGCGACGCGUGGUGGCUGGACGUCUUGUUAACGUCUACUCCCGCAGUGACUGGGUUCUUGCUUUCCUGUACAAGGUGAACGAGGCGUCAUUGAAGCCGAUGGCUGGAAUGAGCCCUAUCAAUGUCCCUGGAGUGGAGAACUUGGAUGUGACUUUUCUCGUUGACAACCACUUUGACUACGCAGUGAAAUUGCAAGAAAUUAUUGACGUUAUCCCCGAGCGCCCAACGCGGCAAAUGUAUGCAAAGUCGCUGGGGAGUCCCGGUGCUGUUGUUGGCCUGGACGCUAUUCGGGCCGUGUCUAAGCGGAUGAUUUCUUCUGUGGUACCCUUCUUGGGUAACUCACCAUGUGCAACACUGGCGAUAACAAAUCGCCUUGUCUCUGAUGUAAAAGGUCUCAGUACGGAGUUGCGCAGUCUGGCGUACGUGGUCAGUGGUGGGUACUUUGACUUUGAGCCGCCCGAUGUCAUACCCUUCUCGCGCGCUGCCGUCUGCAGUGUGGUUGCUGACCAGGACGGUGAGAAGGAUGAAUCCGUGACAGGGGCAAUCUCAUAUUUUAUUGCGCUGCAUUCGGCAGGAGCCGAUCUGCUACUCACUGUCUUCUUCUUUAUGCCUUUCUCAGGGGACGGAACCCUUUCCGCCGCCGCCGACGUGCGCGUGGUGAAGCGCGCACGAGACACGGUGGAGUCCGACGCUGAACGUCGCCGACGCUUAGAGGAGUUUUGCUGCAGGGAAACAAAAGACUCUAGGCGAAUUCAAGUGAGAUGUGAGAGCUCCAGGCAGGCGUGCCGUGGUGCGCCGUACACAUUUGCGUUUACUGUGGAUCUUGGUGACGUCUUCAGUGAUGGCAGCCAUGAGGCCAUUUUCCAUGUCACGACCCAAUACGAGGACACCGACGGCGACUGCUGCGGUGCGUGUAGGGUGGAUCUUUUGGCGCUGUUGACCCAGCUGUCCACGCCUGCGCAGCGCAGGAAGUUCACGGUAGACCUCUGUGAUGAGAUUUGCCAGAUAAGGGUGCAACCGAAGGCUGCCACACCGGUGCCAAUAGAACGAAUGCGCCUCGCGAUGAAGGAGUUUAACGACAGUUUUGCCUCACAAUUAAAGGGAGUUGGAGGAGGGGCGGGCGUCCUUCAUCCUGUGCUACUAGUCAACUGCAGCGAGUUGUCUCUGUUUUGUGCGGGUGGUGGUGGUGGUAGCAAUGGCGCCGCAGGGGAGGCUUUUGCGUGGGGAGAGAUGGGGCUGGAAUGGAUUCGCUACCCUUCACGUGAGAUUCCUCCGCACAACUGCGUUCUGACGGUGGUGCGGCGAUGCUCUUCAUCCUCCGCAUCCUCGUCUUCCGCGGAUUUGGUCGAUGGCGGCCUGCUCGACGCCUUUUCACUUAUUUGUGCCAGCGGUCGCUGUGACGUGCAGUUAUUUGCCUCCCCUCCUGCCGGUGAGGCUGGCGGUGGUGGGAUUGAGGUCGCAUGCCACUCGGAGGUUAACCCCUCAGCGGAGGGAGGCGGCAACGUCGCCGUGACAAGCGCCGAGUUGGACGGCGUGCCAUUCAUAAUUGUCUCCAUCUCGUGGUUUUCGAGCGGGCAACAGGAGGGGGAGGGUGGUGAAUCACAAGCCCCAAAUGUGGAUGCUCCUGGGAGUUGGGUUUUGCUUAAUUGA